AUGGUGGUGGAACAAGCACAACAUGAGGUCGUGGGACAAGCACAUCACAUGUUGGUGGAACAAGCACAACAUGAGGUCGUGGGACAAGCACAUCACAUGGUCGUGAAACAAGCACAACAUGAGGUCGUGGGACAAGCACAUCACAUGGUCGUGGAACAAGCACAACAUGAGGUCGUGGGACAAGCACAUCACAUGGUCGUGGAACAAGCACAACAUGAGGUCGUGGGACAAGCACAUCACAUAGUCGUAGAACAAGCACAACAUGAGGUCGUGGGACAAGCACAUCACAUGUUGGUGGAACAAGCACAACAUGAGGUCGUGGGACAAGCACAUCACAUGUUGGUGGAACAAGCACAACAUGAGGUCGUGGGACAAGCACAUCACAUGGUCGUGGAACAAGCACAACAUGAGGUCGUGGGACAAGCACAUCAUAUGUUGGUGGAACAAGCACAACAUGAGGUCGUGGGACAAGCACAUCACAUGGUCGUGGAACAAGCACAACAUGAGGUCGUGGGACAAGCACAUCACAUGGUCGUGGAACAAGCUCAACAUGAGGUCGUGGGACAAGCACAUCACAUGUUGGUGGAACAAGCACAACAUGAGGUCGUGGGACAAGCACAUCACAUGGUGGUGGAACAAGCACAACAUGAGGUCGUGGGCCAAGCACAUCACAUGUUGGUGGAACAAGCACAACAUGAGGUCGUGGGACAAGCACAUCACAUGGUGGUGGAACAAGCACAACAUGAGGUCGUGGGACAAGCACAUCACAUGUUGGUGGAACAAGCACAACAUGAGGUCGUGGGACAAGCACAUCACAUGGUGGUGGAACAAGCACAACAUGAGGUCGUGGGACAAGCACAUCACAUGGUCGUGGAACAAGCACAACAUGAGGUCGUGGGACAAGCACAUCACAUGGUCGUGGAACAAGCACAACAUGAGGUCGUGUUGACAUCACUCUGUCACCUGUGGUCAUGUGAUACUAGAUCAUCUAAAUUAUAUUUUCUAUCAACUCUUAAAUGCCUGAAAUAUCCGGAAAUAAAAUCAUGA